AUGACGGCGGAAGGGAAUGGCUCGAUAAAAGUAAUCGACUCCCACUCUGUGCAUAAAAUCACGUCGGGACAGGUAGUGAUCGACCUGCAAACGGCGGUGAAGGAACUUGUUGAAAACAGCCUCGAUGCUGGUGCUACAAGCAUUGAGGUCCGCUUCAAAGACUACGGACUAAAGUCGGUGGAAGUUAUCGACAAUGGCAGCGGGAUUGCGCCGGAGGACUACGACAGUGUCGGUCUGAAACACCACACGUCGAAGUUAGCUUCUUUCGAAGACCUAUCAACCGUCCUGACGUUCGGAUUCCGGGGCGAAGCACUCUCCUCUCUAUGUGCUCUCAGCGAAGCUGUGACAGUAACGACUGCCACCGCCUCUGAGGCACCCAUGGGUACAAUAUUGGAGUUGGACAGGAACGGGCGAGUGAAGAGUCGGAGCGAGAAGACGGCGCGGCAGAGGGGUACGACUGUUGCGAUAACGGGGUUGUUCAGGCCUCUACCAGUGCGUCGGAAAGAGCUCGAACGAAAUGCGAAGCGGGAAUUCGGGAAAGCACUCAACCUGCUCAGUGCGUACGCUCUCGUUCCCUGUGCAAAGGAGAACAAGGGUGUCCGUCUGACUGUGUCCAACCAACCUGAGGUCGGCCGCAAAACAGUCCAGCUACGUACAGAUGGUACCCCUUCGACAAGAGCCUCAAUCUCCUCCCUAUGGGGGCCGAGGUCUUUAGAGAACCUAGUGGAUCUCGAUCUCUGCUUUCAGGUACAGACGGAGAAGUCAGUCCUCAAACGGCGAACGAUUACUGAAGGAGAAGACAGUGGCACACAGGUUCGAGUCCGAGGGCUUGUCUCGAAGUUCGCAGUUGGUUGCGGCAGAGCGGCUACAGAUAGGCAAUUUUUCUACAUCAAUGGGCGGCCGUGUAAUCCAUCGAAGGUGCAGAAGGCGUUCAAUGAGGUAUACCGCACAUUUAAUGCUACUCAAUCGCCCUUCAUUGUAGCCGACUUCAUUCUCCCUACCAAUACAUGCGACAUCAAUGUAAGCCCUGACAAGCGGACUAUAUUCUUGCAUAGCGAGAACAACCUUGUCGCAGGCCUGAAGGUGAGUUGUAUCUUGCGGAGCAUCCUUCAUCUCAUAUUCUAUGCGAUAUUUAUCAGCAAGAGCUCGAGGAAUCGUUCUCGCCCUCCCGGUGUACGUUUGAUGUGA